UUUCAACUGGCAUACAACUGCAGGGCAAGUGUACAACUGGAGACGGUAUGUUCUAAGUCUAUCUAUAUCUAAAUGAAUAACUCUUAUAAUGAUCCAUCAGUUGAAUAUGUACAGCUGUUCCAUGUUAUGAUUGAAGUAUUAUCUGAAGGUAAUCCAUUUUAUCAAUGCAACACUCUGAAAUGAGAAUUGUAUCACUGUAUUGUCUGUUCUGUUUUUGUGUCCAUACGAUAUGAGCGCUAUCCUGAGAUUCCAACAUGGUCCGAGUCCAGUUAAUCCAGCCUGUAAUUCAAACAAGUGAUCAUCAUUUUCAACCCAACAUCUCCCAUAAUUGCUCUUCUUUCUUGAGCUAGUAAGCUUCACCCAGCCAAGUCAUUCUAAGCCAUCCAAAUCAUAAUGGAUGCUUCCAAACAUUAUAGGAAGCAUCCACAAAGACUGCCUGCAUCCAUCCAUUUGUCUCCUAAUAUCACAAUUAAGUCAAUGGAACAACACAAAAUUGGUUUGUGCAUCAAGUCUCACUAACUACUGUCAAAGAUUUCUGCAAUAUGUUAAACUUCAAACUUCCGCCUUAUCCAUUAUGAUUCUCCACUCCAUGAACUGUGUUUAUGAAGAAGCACACAACCAAUCAAAAGGUUUGUGCAUCAAAACCCAAUAUCUCCUGUCCACUACUCCCAAAAGAUUUCUGCAAUUUACUACACAUCAAACUUCCUUGUCCAAUAUGACUCUCCACCCAAUGAACUGUUUUUAUGAAGAGGCACACAACCAAUCAAAAGGUUUGUGCAUGAAAACCCAAUAUCUACGGUCCACUACUCCAAAAAGAUUUCUGCAAUACGUUAAACUUCAAACUUCCGCCUUAUCCAUUAUGAUUCUCCGCUCCAUGAACUGUUUUUAUGAAGAGGCACACAACCAAUCAAAAGGUUUGUGCAUCAAAACCCAAUAUCUCCUGUCCACUACUCCCAAAAGAUUUCUGCAAUUUACUACACAUCAAACUUCCUUCUCCAAUAUGUCUCUCCACCCCAUGAACCGUUUUUAUGAAGAGGCACACAACCAAUCAAAAGGUUUGUGCAUCAAAACCCAAUAUCUCCUGUCCACUACUCCCAAAAGAUUUCUGCAAUUUACUACACAUCAAACUUCCUUCUCCAAUAUGUCUCUCCACCCCAUGAACUGUUUUUAUGAAGAGGCACACAACCAAUCAAAAGGUUUGUGCAUCAAAACCCAAUAUCUCUUGUCCACUACUCCCAAAAGAUUUCUGCAAUUUACUACACAUCAAACUUCCUUCUCCAAUAUGUCUCUCCACCCCAUGAACCGUUUUUAUGAAGAGGCACACAACCAAUCAAAAGGUUUGUGCAUCAAAACCCAAUAUCUCCUGUCCACUACUCCCAAAAGAUUUCUGCAAUUUACUACACAUCAAACUUCCUUCUCCAAUAGGUCUCUCCACCCCAUGAACUGUUUUUAUGAAGAGGCACACAACCAAUCAAAAGGUUUGUGCAUCAAAACCCAAUAUCUCCUGUCCGCUACUCCCAAAAGAUUUCUGCAAUUUACUACACAUCAAACUUCCUUCUCCAAUAUGUCUCUCCACCCCAUGAACCGUUUUUAUGAAGAGGCACACAACCAAUCAAAAGGUUUGUGCAUCAAAACCCAAUAUCUCCUGUCCGCUACUCCCAAAAGAUUUCUGCAAUUUACUACACAUCAAACUUCCUUCUCCAAUAUGUCUCUCCACCCCAUGAACUGUUUUUAUGAAGAGGCACACAACCAAUCAAAAGGUUUGUGCAUCAAAACCCAAUAUCUCCUGUCCGCUACUCCCAAAAGAUUUCUGCAAUUUACUACACAUCAAACUUCCUUCUCCAAUAUGUCUCUCCACCCCAUGAACCGUUUUUAUGAAGAGGCACACAACCAAUCAAAAGGUUUGUGCAUCAAAACCCAAUAUCUCCUGUCCGCUACUCCCAAAAGAUUUCUGCAAUUUACUACACAUCAAACUUCCUUCUCCAAUAUGUCUCUCCACCCCAUGAACUGUUUUUAUGAAGAGGCACACAACCAAUCAAAAGGUUUGUGCAUCAAAACCCAAUAUCUCCUGUCCACUACUCCCAAAAGAUUUCUGCAAUUUACUACACAUCAAACUUCCUUCUCCAAUAUGUCUCUCCACCCCAUGAACUGUUUUUAUGAAGAGGCACACAACCAAUCAAAAGGUUUGUGCAUCAAAACCCAAUAUCUCCUGUCCACUACUCCCAAAAGAUUUCUGCAAUUUACUACACAUCAAACUUCCUUCUCCAAUAUGUCUCUCCACCCCAUGAACUGUUUUUAUGAAGAGGCACACAACCAAUCAAAAGGUUUGUGCAUCAAAACCCAAUAUCUCCUGUCCACUACUCCCAAAAGAUUUCUGCAAUUUACUACACAUCAAACUUCCUUCUCCAAUAUGUCUCUCCACCCCAUGAACUGUUUUUAUGAAGAGGCACACAACCAAUCAAAAGGUUUGUGCAUCAAAACCCAAUAUCUCCUGUCCGCUACACCCAAAAGAUUUCUGCAAUUUACUACACAUCAAACUUCCUUCUCCAAUAUGACUCUCCACCCCAUGAACCGUUUUUAUGAAGAGGCACACAACCAAUCAAAAGGUUUGUGCAUGAAAACCCAAUAUCUACGGUCCACUACUCCAAAAAGAUUUCUGCAAUUUACUACACAUCAAACUUCCUUCUCCAAUAUGUCUCUCCACCCCAUGAACUGUUUUUAUGAAGAGGCACACAACCAAUCAAAAGUGAAUACAAAAUCAUUGUUCAAGUAUCUUCAGAAAAUGUCCCGGCAAAACUCUAAACCGAUGCAGGCAGUCAAUAGUCAAAGAUAUCACAAAUGCAUAACCACAAAAGUAACACAAUUCUAUAUGAAAUGUUGGAUGGAUGGCUUGUAUUAUAUUUGGCCUAUGUACAGCAAACUUAGAUGCCAGCCAAAGGAGGAUGGCUUGCCCCUGCUGAGCCUGGUUCCUCCCAAGGUUUCUCCCUAUACCUCUCUGCUGAUGAUCCUCUUCACUAAUUUAGGGAGUUUUUCCUUGCCACUGUUGCCUUCUGGCUUGCUCACUGGGGUUUUAAGGCACAAUAUUUUCAAUGUAAAUUGUUUGUAAAGAACAAUAAAUACAUGAUGAAUUAGAA